AUGACAAUGAUGUUCAAGCUCAUUUUCAUGAAAGAAUUUGGGUUUGUGUCAAAUGCUUUGGAUCAUAUCAAAGUUGCAAGAGACAUCCUUGCUGCUCUUGAAAAACAUGACAUUAGCCUCCCUGAUUCAGCUUCAUUGCAAAGCUUAAUUUCCCAGAUUUUGGUGACAAGUCGUAAAGAAUCUGUUGCAAAAAAGAUGAAAUCCUCUUCGAUCUUGCAACUUGAAAUGUUGCUUGACGAGGAAUGUUGGAGAAUACUUAGUGAAGUAGCAUUCCAUGGAAGGGACAGAAAAGAAUGUGAAAAUUUAGAGGACGUUGGGAGGGAAAUAGCAAAGAAGAGCAAAGGGUUGCCACUUGUUGCAAAAACUCUAGGGGGCUCUUGCAAGAGAAAGAAACUAGAGAAGAGUGGAAAAAUGUGUUACACAAUGACAUAUGAAAGAUGA